CACCACCAACCAAAUGCAUCAAAUGCACUACACCAACCGAUUACAUCAAUCUUGAUGAGACUUGUUCAAAAAUUUGCAAAACUGGUAAAGCAAAUAUAGCUACAAUGACUUGUGAAGAAUGCACUAUUGAUGGCUGUGGAACUUGUGAAACAAUUGGAAAAGGUGAACAAUGCACUAAAUGUGAUACCAAAUACAUUGCUGCCGACAAACAUUCAUGUGUUGAUAAAUGCACCUCUGGUAAACCAGUUGAUACCCCAAUCAAAAAGUGUGACAAGUGUGCCACUGAGAAUUGUGAUGUUUGUGAUAAAGACGACAAGUGUACUAAAUGCAAUACCAAAUUCAAUCUUGUGGCUGACACUUUGAAGUGCGUUAAUAAAUGUUCAGAAGGAUAUAUGACAGAUGAAACCACAAAUAAAUGCAUUAAAUGUACCGUUGAAGGGUGUGCAACUUGUGAAAAGGUAGAUGAAUGCACUGCAUGUAUGGCAGAAUACAAGUUGGAGGGAGGAAAAUGCAAUGGAACAAAUGCUGUUUUUGCGAUUAUGGCUAUAGUCGUUAUGGCUAUCUUAUUCUAA